CCAUCAGAACAUUUCAAAUGGCGCGCCUUUCAGUCUGCGUUUCCCUGCUCCUGCUGUUGUCCCUACAAGGAUCAGCUUUGGCUAGCGAUCAGUCCUGGUGUGAUCCUAUGCUAUGUGCCAAAGGCGCUGCUCAUGUGGCCUGCAACAAUGAUGGCGAAUUCCAUGAGAGCUGCUCGCCAGAUGCUGUAAUGAUCAAUCUGCGACCACAUCGCGAUUUCAUACUCGGUGAGCACAACAAGCGUCGCAAUUUCAUUGCCGCUGGCCAAUUGCCUGGCUACUAUCCGGCUGCCCGCAUGGCCACCAUGGUGUGGGACGAGGAACUGGAAUAUCUGGCAACGUUGAACCUGAAGACAUGCAAUCUGGAUCAUGACGAUUGCAAUAAUUCGUAUCGGUUUCGCAAUGUGGGCCAGAAUCUCUGCGGCGUUGACAGACCUAGGAAUUUGCCAUUGAAUGUGCGCAGCAUUGUGGAGAAUUCGAUGGGUCUCUGGUUUGGCGAGUAUCCGCUAAUCGAUAGCAGCUACAUAACCCAAUUCCGUGUGGCCAGGCAUCUGGAUAAAUAUGGACACUUUGCAGAGACUGUUGUGGAUCGUAAUACCCAUGUGGGAUGCGCCAUGAUGCGCUUCACGAAUCCCCAGUAUCCGUUCCUAUACAUCUACAACAUGGCCUGCAACUAUGCCAGCACCUAUGCGGUGGGUGUGCAUGUUUACAAAGUCGGUGAGCCAGCCUCCGAAUGCAAAACCGGCCCAAAUCCCAAGUACCCGGCACUGUGCUCGCUCAAAGAACAAUACAAUCCCAAUUACAAUGAAUACUGAUUACUGAAUAACUGAAUAAAUCGAUUGCCAAAGAUACAUACUAUAUUUAA